GCACCUUGCAUUCUCUGCACUUUCUUUCUGAGGCAACAGACAACAGCCCUUCCCGACAUUCAUUGAACGAUUACGUCGAUUCUCGUUGAACCAAAUUUCACCCUUCCAAAAGAAACCCCAACCAAAAUCCACCAAAAAUGCCUGCUGAGUCGAUGGAAAUGCAGCCCAACAUGGCCGCCCAGCCUCCUAUGGCCACUGAGCAGCCUAAGGCCGAGGAGCCCAUGUCGAUGUCCCUGCGUGGUGGUGGUUGCAUCGAGGACCUUUGCUGCUGCUGCUGUGCCGCCGAGGCAUGUUGCUGCCUGGACUGCUUCCUCUGCGGCGAGGCUGCUGCCAACUAAACCCGGCUUACACGAAUAUGACCGUGACGAAAGAAGGGGCAGAUGUUUUAUUUUUCUCGAGACGAGACGCGACGGAAGAUACUUUUUGAUACCACUACCAAUGCUAUAAACAAUAUUUCUCUUUAAGAACAAAAAGGAUUUAGACCGACCUAGAACCAUUGGGAGCUUGAGCUCCCGUCUCUUACCAUAUUAUUGCAGUGUCAACGUCG